UUGGCUAAUCGUCUUCUUCUUCCGCGUCCGCACCAUGGAUUGGGGACGCGUGGUAAAAGGUGAAGAUGUACGUACGAGUGAGCAACAAUCGGUCGGUGGUCAUACACUUGCAUUGCUCUUACAUUUGAGAACGACUCGACUUGGCGGUGGGCUCCUAUUAUGUCUUAAGGACCCAGAGCAGAAGCUGCAGAACAAGAGAAGAUGAUUUGAGAGGAAAAUACUUUAACAAGCUAAUUAGGCAUGGGUUUAUUGUUGUUGAUGGCCGUGGGGGUGAGUUGGGUGGUGCUGGCGAUGAGCGCGGGUGCCAGUAAAUGCAUUGAUGGGGAGAGGGAAGUGCUGCUGGAGUUUAAGCGCAGCAUUGUUGACGAGGAAGACAGUCUGCGAUCUUGGGGUAGCCACAACAAAAAUUGCUGCAGCGGUUGGGCUGGAGUUGGGUGUGAUCACUUCACUGGUCAUGUCAUCAAGAUUGAUCUUUUUCAUGUGAGGAAGCUGUCUGGGAAAGUUACACAUGCCAGCCUUCCGUUUAUUGAGCUUCCAUAUUUGAAGCAUUUAAGUCUUAGCUUCAUCAGUAACUUGCUGGCAAACCAGAGCAUCCCAACAUUGAUUGGUAAUAGUAUGGUUUCCCUUCAACAUCUCAGUCUUACAUACAUGGGAAUUGUUGGUAACAUUCCCCAUAAUUUUGGAAAUAGCAUGCCUGCCCUCAAACACCUCGAUCUCCGUGGUAAUAGAUUAGAAGGUCCCAUUCAUGAAAAUUUUGGAAGCAGCAUGCCUGCCCUCACACACCUUGAUCUCAGUGGUAAUGGGUUACAAGGUCCCGUUCCUGAAAAUUUUGGGAACAGCAUGCCUGCCCUCACACACCUUGAUCUCAGUGGUAAUGGGUUACAAGGUCCCGUUCCUGAAAAUUUUGGGAACAGCAUGCCUGCCCUCACACACCUUGAUCUCAGUGGUAAUGGGUUACAAGGUCCCGUUCCUGAAAAUUUUGGGAACAGCAUGCCUGCCCUCACACACCUUGAUCUCAGCGGUAAUGGGUUACAAUGUUCAAUUCAUGAAAAUGGUUUUGGGCAUAUGUGGUCCCUUGCAUACCUUGACAUUGGUGGAAACUUUUUGGGAGGUCAAAUCCCAACGAGUUUCGGGGAAAACAUGACUAGCCUUAUGCACCUUGGCCUGCACAAUACUAGUUUACAAGGCUGGAUUCCUGAAACAUUUGGACAGAUGGUCAAGUUGAUUGACCUUGACCUGAGUCAUAAUAGUUUGGAAGGUCACAUUCCUGAAGUUCUGGGGAAUAUGUCCUUCCUUAAAGUGCUUGAUCUUUCGGAGAAUAGAUUUGAAGGAGAAAUCCCAAAAUCCAUCUGGAAUAUAUGCACUCUUGAGUACCUGGACUUGGAAUUCAACCAUCUUAAUGGAAGCCUAAUCAUGUCCACAUUAUGCCUAAAUCACCCUCUGCAGCUAUUGUAUUUACGUAGCAACCGAGUCACGGGGUCAUUUCCUGAACUAACUAUGUUCCCCUCUUUGAAGAUAUUAUAUCUUGGUGAUAACCUUCUAGAUGGGGUCAUUUCUGAACAUCAUUUUGUUACUCUCUCCAAAUUAGAAGACCUUGACUUAUCUUCAAACAAUUUCACUUUCAAUGUCACCUCUACUUGGCUUCCUCCCUUCCGAUUGAGCUUUAUAAACCUUCAGUCCUGUAACUUGGGCCCUGAAUUUCCAAAUUGGCUUAGAACUCAAGUGAACUAUAUCCAGCUUGACAUUUCCAAUAACGGCAUCUCGGAUUCAAUUCCUUCCUGGUUUUGGAAUACAACUACUGAGUUUGUGAGCAUUAAUGCUUCUCAUAACGCAAUCAAGGGAAGAAUUGUAAGCAGUGCUCAAGUAUCACCGGGGUUUCGAACCGCAGUUCUACUAGAUUUGAGUUUCAAUGAAUUAGAAGGUCCCAUUCCACAAUCAUUCUUCAACAUGACAGCGGUGUACCUCUCUCAUAAUAACUUCACUGAACUUAAUUCCCUGUGUGACAUUAAGGGUCCUAAGGCAGCUAUUGCUUUGCAUCAUUUGGACAUCUCAUUCAAUCAACUUUCAGGAACACUUCCGGAUUGUUGGUCAAGUCUAUCUAGUCUGGUGGUUCUCAACUUGGCAAACAAUCACAAUCUAUCAGGGAGUCUUCCAACUUCUAUUGGAUCAAUGGCAUCCCUAUGGGCAUUGCAUCUUGACUUUAACAGUUUUACAGGCAUUCUACCUUCAUCCAUUAAGAAUUGCUCCAAAUUGGUAUCUUUACAACUGGGACACAAUAAUUUAUUUGGACCAAUACCGAAUUGGGUGGGUGAAAAUCUAACACAACUUGCGGUUCUUGGGCUAGGAUCCAAUCACUUCAGUGCAAGUGUACCAACAAGUCUCUGUCAUCUCCAAUUUCUUCAACUGUUGGACCUGUCAAUGAACAUCCUCUCAGGGAAUCUUCCCAAGUGUCUUUCGAAUCUUACUCAGAUGAAUGUAAUAAGAGGCGGCAGUCCCACCAUUUCUCAUAAGAUAUCAGUCUUUCUCGAUGCUUCAACUUUUGCAGGUGAUAUACCCAUCAGCCAAGUUGACAAAAUAGAUACUGUAUGGAAAGGUGUGGUCUCUGAAUUUGAUAGUAUAUUAGGACUCCUAAAAAGCAUUGAUAUAUCAUCCAAUGUACUGACAGGUGAAAUUCCAAGUGAAAUCACAUCGCUUGUUGGGCUGAUUUCUUUGAACUUAUCACGAAACAACUUAAAGGGACAGAUUCCUUUUAGGAUUGGUAACUUGGCAAACUUAGACGCUCUUGAUUUGUCUAAUAACCAUUUGUCUGGUAGCAUUCCUCAAAGCCUUGCCCUGAUUGAUCGCAUAAGUGCUCUCAAUGUGUCCAACAAUUAUUUAUCAGGCAAAAUCCCGAAAAGUACUCAACUUCAGAGCUUUGAUGCAAGCGCAUACAUGGGGAAUCUCGGACUAUGCGGAGAGCCACUCCCCAAUAGUUGUCCAGGAGAAGAAUUAACUUAUCCUUCCCCUCCUGGAUUCAGUGAAGAAGAAAAAGGAGAAGAUGAAGAUAAGAUUUUUGGUGGUGACUUUUAUGCAAGCAUGGGGGUUGGAUAUGCAGUUGGAUUGCUUACGAUUCUUGGGACAGUGCUAUUCAACAGGUCUUGUAGGUUUGCUUUUUUCGAAGUCCUUGAUGAUUUUGCUAAUUGGGCUUAUGUUGUGGCUGCAAUCUAUAAGGCAAAGCUUCUGAGAAUACUUGGGAGUUAAUAGGUCAGGGUAAGUACCCCUUACUUAUAUCACAUGCAUCACCUCCCCCCCCCCCAAUAACAUAAAACUAGCUAGUAUCACUUUCAGGUUAUAUAUCUCCACUUUUUUUUCUAUGUUUUUUGUUAUGUCAUUGUUCCUCUUGGAUACUGGGGUUAUCUGUUGAUUUAAUCUUUGUGGAGUUUGGGGCACUUUUGUAUCUUCAUUCUAGAUUUCUAGUCCAUUGUGGUUAAAAUGUUAUGUGUUCCAAGAAGGCAGUAACACAUUUUCUCUCUUAUUGGGCUGUCUUUUUUUCCCUUGAUGUUCUUCAAUUUGGAUAGUUAUGGGUGAUGAAGAAGUGUUAGAAAUUUGUGGGAAAAAAAAUUGCUCAGAGUAUUACAACAGUUCAUGAUCGAUGCAGCAAAUAUAUAUGUAGUACAAUUUAAUUAAGUAUAUUCAUCUUCUCAAUUUCAAAAUUAUCUUUAUUAAAGACAUCACCCUAAGCCUGGUGCUUUUCAUUUGAUUGUAUAUCCUUAGUGUGCAGGGUGCGGAGGAGGAAAAGAAACAGAUCUUCAGUACCAUUACUUUUAAGUUUUAAAAAUUUAUAGGCAAUAGAUCUAGGAUUGAAGAUAGGAUCGAAGACAUGCAAUCCUAUCUUCAAUCCUAGACCAAUUUUCUACGAAUUUUACCAAGUAUAUAGGCAAUAAUCUAGGAUUGAAGGUCAGGGAUUUAGAAACUGUCAAUUUUAUGGUGAUCAAUGAUCAGUAAGAGCUGAUUUGGUACGUGCUAUGUGCUUCAGUUUCGCUCUUCUACCUUUAAUGGCUAAAAACAAAAUUAUGGAGUAUUUUGAAAACAAACGGGCCUCGUUUUUUUCUACUUUUCUCAUUUUCCCUUUUAAAAUUAAAAUGGAAAAUGUCGAGUACUUUUGCGCCACAAACACUGCCAUCUCUGCAAAAAAGGCACCAAAAUCGACGUCUGUAUAUAGUCAUUAGUUGUGUUCCAUAGACAAAAAAUGUUUGGCACAGACAAAAAAUAUACAACCACAUACAUUUCUCAGUCGCCACAGAUAAUAAAUAUUUGUUCACAGACAUUAUUUUCUCGGUGGUCUAAUUUCACAGACAUUUACUAAUUUUAGAUUUAUUUGUUUUACAAAUCAUAUUAGUAUUUUGGACGAUACAGACAAUUGUUUAAGACGAUAUAGACAAUAAUUCUGGUGACUAUAUCUCCGGUUUGUUUUUUGGCGAAUUUUAUUUAUAGAUUUUAAGUUUCAUUUCUUCAUACAGACAAACUUUAUAAAUAUUUAAGAAGUCACAUAUGAAUUUUAUCCAAACUUUAUCAUUAUUUAAACUGAAAUUUUGUGUAUAUAAUCUAAACUUGAAAAAAAAACAUGCUAAUAAAUUUCAUAAAAAAAUCAACUUGG